CAUACUAAUGAAAUGACCAUCAACUUUAACGUGUGCUAUAUUUGGAAUUACACUUACUUAGUAAAGAACAGAUUCUUGUGCUUUUUUACAGCUUGAUGGAAAGCGCAAACUCACAUGCGGUGCACGUCGAUAUUUUCUUGUAUUUUGAAUUAUUUUUAAUAUAUUACGAUAAACUUUGUGGGAGGUCGAGAUGGACUGUUUCCACGGUUUCUGAGCAUGAUCAGCGUCCAGAGAGGAUCUCCACAGCCGUCCAUCAUAGCAUUGUUGCUAGUUACGGCUGUCUUCCUGUGUCUCGGUGAUAUCAAGUCCGUCCUGGGAGCCUAUGUGUUCUACAGGGUAGGCGGGGAAUGUCUUGCCGUUUCCGGAAUUUUCUUCAUACGAAAGAAGCACACAGCUAACGACAAUACCUACAAGACUCACUGGGUGUUCCCUGCAGUCUACGUUGUAUCCAUCUUGGCGUUGUCCGUCACGGCCGUCGUCGAGAACCCUGACAGUUUUUUCCCCCCAUUGGUCAUCAUGCUGAUGAGUGUCCCAAUAUACUUCAUGUCUAGGAGUCACUUGUGGAAGCAGUUACGUCUGACCACAGUAAAUGAUUGGAUCACGCUGAUGUGCCAUCGCCUGCUGCUGUGUGAGCACGCUUGUCAACAUGUACAAUGAGGAAAAUCCUUCUCUCUCU